UUAAGGCGCAUCCGCUGGCUAAACCUCUUCAUCUACCAACCAACCAACCAACGAAGAAGCCUCUUGAGAUUUCCCAAGAUCAAAUCUAAAAACCCUUAGUAAGUACCUGACUAUUCAAGCUUAUGGCAUCGAGAAGAAUUAACAGCGAGCUUAGGGACCUGCAAAAGGACCCUCCACUGUCUUGCAGUGCCGGUCCUGUGGGUGAUGAUAUGUACCACUGGCAAGCAACUAUCAUGGGUCCAACUGAUAGCCCAUUCACCGGUGGUGUAUUUCUUGUUUCCAUUCACUUCCCUCCAGAUUACCCCUUCAAGCCACCAAAGGUUUCUUUCCGCACCAAGGUCUAUCACCCGAAUGUCAACAGUAAUGGCAGCAUCUGUCUUGACAUUCUGAAAGAGCAGUGGAGCCCUGCUCUUACCAUAUCCAAGGUUCUUCUGUCGAUAUGCUCAUUGCUGACAGAUCCAAACCCUGAUGAUCCUCUGGUUCCAGAGAUAGCUAACAUCUACAAGUCAGACCGUACCAAGUACGAGAACACUGCCCGAUCCUGGACCCAGAAGUAUGCAAUGGGAUGAUAUGAUGAUGGUUGGCAAUAAUGAUCCGCACCAGUAAAUUGCGCAUUUGUCUAAGAAUUGGGGAAAUAAGAAGAAAAAAAACAUGGAUUUGGCUUUUGCUUGGCUGCUUGAUUUAAUUAGUUUUAUUAUCUUCUUAUGUGUUGGGUGUGUACAUGAGCGCUAUUUAAGCCUUAUUGAAACAUUUGGUAUCUUUCUUUUAAUCCAGUAAUUGGCUAUUAUAACGAUCAA